AUGCAGAGCUUCACCGAAGCGAAAGGUGGACUGAAAUUCGACGUCGUUCUUUCGGAUUCGCCCAGUAGACGAAUGAGAAAGGUAAUUCCGUCUCCAACAAAGAAAGAUCUCUCUCUGUCCGAAAUAGAGGACAAAUUGGAGGCCGCCGAACAGAGGAGAUUGUCUCAGUUAUACAAGGAGCAAAACAUGCGUUCCAGGCGCCUAAAUCGCGUCCUCGAAGUUCAAAAGAACAAGAACACCUUCAUUAAAAGAUUCAAAACGAAAGCGAUGGAAAGCUACGAUAAAAAAAUGCGAAAAACGGGGAAAAACCGCGAAGCUUACCUGAUGUCCAUUCAGAAGAAGAACAGGGAUUUGCUGAUGAGGGUGAAUGAGAUAAAGAACACCACCUUGUUUUUGAGGGAGAACCAUUUCGACACUUUUUGUCGUAAAUUCGAAAUUGCUGAACAGACGAGAGCUGCCCAGUUCAACGCAUUAGAGGAUCGCCUCAAGAAGAUAGAUAAGAAAGCGGAGCAAGUGAGUACCCAUGUCCAAGAGCUCACGGCUUUAGUCAAGUCGCUGGUAGUUCGAAAUCAAAACUAG